GGGUUGUUCUGCAGUCUAGCAAAAGCGAACGGCGUGUUAACAUGUGGAGUACGGCGUGGUCAAUUCAAGCAACUGUUGAAUUGUGUUUAAAUAAUUAAUAUUGAAGUGUUUAAAGUUGAACGCAAGAAAUGGAAUAACUUAAGUCACCAAAAGCGAAAUAAGUUUCCAAUGCAAAAUUAAAAAUCAAGCAAUUGAGUUCAAGGAAAAUCAUGAGUAAUUGAGAGAAACAUAUUCCAAGUUGGUGGAAGAAAUUAAAGAAAAGAAGAGCAAAAACUUAAAAAAAAGUAAAGAAAUAAAACAGUUAGAAAAGUGAUCAGAAAAACAAAUUUCAAUUAUCCAACUAAACUGACAGUAUUUUGAAGCUCAGUCCACACAUGUUCAUACAUGCAUAUGUACUAACAUAUUUAAUACACGGAGCAGGUUGUUAAGAUUUUGUUAGAAAAUUGGCAAAAAUCCACAAAUUAAUUAAAAUAAACAAAAGGAGCUCAUAAACUUUCUUUUGUUUAUACGCCAUAGAUGUAUGUAUUUAAUCGAAAAACGUAUUAAGUGAAGUUUUGAAGUAUCUUCCCAUCACUUUUUAUUCAUGAAUUGUGUACUUUGCCCAUUGUUUAUCCAUAUUUACAUAUCUGCAAAACGUCUUCGAACAAAAAUUACGCGCACAAAUUAUAAAACAAAAACUUAGAAAACAUACGGAGAAUUUUACUCGUAUUAACAGAAAAUAAAAAUAACGCAACGACCGGAGCUGAAGAAAUUGUUGUACACAAAGGUCAACUAGUGGAAAUUAGCAGCGUCAAGCCAAAGAGAAACCAAAUAAAUACAUAGGAACAGAAAGAGCAGCAUAAAAGUGUUCGUUGAUGCUAACAGCGGGAAAAUGACUGUGAUACAAGAUAUCAAGCCAACAGAAGCUUGUGGAGCCGGCAUAAAUUGCUGCUCUACUGUUGCCAGUUCGGAAACCUCAAUCGAUAGGUCAUCGGUUUGUGUGAAGCCGAAUUGCACGAGUAAUGUACUACACAAACAAAAUAACUACGAAAAUUGGGAAACGAAUUUCGAUCAGUGCAAAGAGAUUGAUAUUGAAUUCGAAAAUGUGAAAUAUACAGUGCGAAAGUUUAAUUUUCCUGAGAGAAAAUUUGUUACAAAGGAGAUUUUACAUGGCAUCAAUGGCGCCUUCCGUGCUGGAGAACUAACCGCCAUAAUGGGUCCGUCAGGCUCUGGAAAGAGUACACUACUCAACGUAAUGACAGGCUUCAGAGCAACUGGUGUCACGGGGUCAAUACGCGUCAAUGGUGAGCCUAUUUCAACAAACUCACCCAGCUUUCGCGAACUUUCCUGCUACAUACACCAAGAUGACCUUCUGCGACCACAGAUGACUGUUGGCGAAACGAUGAUGCUAGCCGCGCAUUUAAAGUUGGGCUUUGGCAUCUCCAAGGAAUAUAAACAAAAUUUGAUCAAACAUAUUUUGGCUUUGCUGGGUCUGGAACACCGAUUCAACGUAUUUGCGGCGAAGUUGUCUGGCGGUCAGAAAAAGCGCCUGGCCAUAGCGCUCGAGUUGAUAAGUAACCCGCCAGUUCUGUUUUUGGAUGAGCCAACAACAGGUUUGGACAGCUCGUCGUGUAGUCAAUGUGUAUCACUCCUCAAGAAGUUAGCUUCGCUAGGUCACACUAUCGUUUGCACCAUUCACCAGCCAAGCGCAUUAAUAUUCGAAAUGUUUGAUAAGCUAUAUACUGUGGUCGACGGCAAUUGCAUUUACCAGGGUCCAGUUCGCGAAUUGAUACCGUUCUUAGAGGGACAGGACUUAGUGUGCCCAAGUUAUCACAAUCCCGCCGAUUUUUUGCUGGAAGUAGCUGUGGGCGAACACGAUCGUGAUUUGGUUAAAUUAAUAAAUGCUGCAAAUAAAAAGUACCAUGAAGAUGCAGAUAGCCAGCAAAUAAAUGUACAGCGGCUGCUUUCCACAAUCAAAGAUAAUGAAGCGUGUAGUAAAAUCUUCAGCAAUUUGAAACGUUUUCCCACCGCCAUGUCGAAGCUUGCAGCCUUCGACUAUGUAAAAACCGCUGCGGAUGAUGUGGCUUUGGAGGAAGUAAAGACGCUCAAUGCCAGUGCCGCUGCCACAAGUACGAAGAUGGACGAUAGUGACGAUGAAGUUGGCUCAACGGCGCAUGCGCGAAAUGUUCGCCGGCGUUAUACAGCCUACAAGGCUUUGCACACACAACAGGCCUCGUUCAUAAUGCAAUAUUUUCUGUUGUUGAACCGAAUUUUUGUAUGUGCGCGACGGAAUUAUUUUCUGCUGCUGGCUCGUCUGAUGUCACACAUUGUAAUCGGUUUAGUAUUUGGCUACUUGUAUAUGAAUGUUGGCGAUAAAGCGACCACUGUGCUCGGCAACUAUGUCUAUUUGUACGGUACGAUUUUAUUAUUGGUCUACACGGGCAAAAUGGCUGUGGUGUUAACAUUUCCUCUUGAAAUCGGAAUGCUGACACGCGAGCACUUCAAUCGUUGGUACGGUCUAGCACCUUAUUUCCUUUCGUUGCUUUCUUUUGAAAUACCUUUUCAGAACAUAAGCAAAUACUUAAUGGCCUGACAGGAGAAUUUCGAGCGGGUGAGCUGAGUGCAGUCGUAGGUCCCUCUGGCGCCGGAAAGAGUACGCUGCUCAAUAUACUAUCCU